AAAAAAAUGUAAGCAGUUAAUUGCAAAGUGCAUGACGUCAUAACGUUAUGUAACGGCCUGGCAUAACCUUAAAAUAGCUACAGUGCACGCAGGGGCAAUGGACGUCCACGAUCCCUACGAUCACAACGCGCCCCACGUACUGUACAUCAAAGAGAGCAUUCCAACCCUCGAAACUAGAGACGAGUUCGAGCAACUGUUUCUAGAGGGUUGUCAAUGUACUGGGACAUGCCUCAAAGAUGAAUGUGCCUGUAUACUGAAGAGCGCAGCAUUUUACGAAACGCACAAUGCGAAAACUGCAGUUGAAAUACAAGAACGUUACACGAUCAACUUGAAAGACACAGAAAGACCUGUUUAUGAAUGCAACGGUUCUUGUAAAUGUUAUGGGAGUCUCUGUGGACAUAGACUGGUACAGUUGGGCCCCCGACAUGGUCUGACAGUGAAGGAAUGUCCACCUUUGGAUGACCAAUCGACAAGUAAACGAAUAAAAUUGGACUCAACUAAUGACCAAGUGGGAAGAAAGGGUCUAGGACUGUUUACUUUGGAAGAUAUUCCUUCUGGAAGAUUUGUCUGCGAAUAUGCAGGCGAAAUCAUCGACGAAACCGAAGCAAAAAGACGAUUUCGCUGUAACACAGAACAAAACAAAAUGAAUUACAUAUUUUGCAUUUUGGAACAUUUUGGAGCCAAGACCAUCAAGACAUACAUCGAUCCAACUGUUUUUGGUAAUAUUGGACGUUAUAUAAACCACAGCUGCAGUCCAAACUGCCUUCUGGUGCCUGUAAGAGUGAACAGCUCUGUGCCAAAACUUUGUAUAUUCACCCAAAGAGAAAUUAACAAAAAUGAAGAGAUAACUUAUGAUUAUGGAAUGGAUAGAGCAACUUCUAGUAAUGACCCUGAAGUAAAAUUGAAAAGAUGUCUUUGUGGGGCAGAAAACUGUAGAAAAUUCAUUCCAUUUUGUAAUUAUAUUUAGCAAAUA